ACCGCGAGACAACGCAGCCUGGCGAGCACAAUUGCUGUGUCGACAGUUAGGCGACUUUGCGUCGGGAGAGUUCGUGGCGACAUCUUCAGACGGGUUCCAGGCAUCGAUAUACCGUGAAUCUCCAAGUAAGUGUCUAUUUUCGCGGAUAAACUCUUAAACGUGUUCGUCGUCAAAUUAGCGGUAUUUUUUUGCGUCUCGGUUAGACGCGAGUGUCGUUCUUGUUUUAGCAGUUAACAAAAUCCAAAACUCAACGCUAAACAUCAUUGCGGCCGAUAGCGUACAUUUGACUCGAUAACACCGCUGCUGUUACUACGCUCACAUGGAGCAGAGACGCUCUCCACAGCCCCACGCACACGGAGGCAAGAAGCCAUUCAAUUGCUCUGUGUGUGGGAAGUCCUUUUCACGGCCAUCACAUCUUCAGAGACACCAGAGAACACACACGGGCGAGAAGCCAUUCCUGUGCUCUGCGUGUGGGAAGGCAUUUGCACAAUUGUCAACUCUUCAAACUCAUCAGAGAACACACACGGGCGAGAAGUCAUUCCAGUGCUCUGUGUGUGGGGAGGCAUUUGCACACUCGUCAACUCUUCAAGACCAUCAGAGAACACACACGGGCGAGAAGCCAUUCCUGUGCUCUGUGUGUGGGGAGGCAUUUGCACAGGCAUCAACUCUUCAAAACCAUCGGAGAACACACACGGGCGAGCCCCACGCACACGGAGGAAAGAAGCAAUUCAAUUGCUCUGUGUGUGGGAAGUCCUUUUCACGGCCAUCAGAUCUUCAGAGACACCAGAGAACACACACGGGCGAGAAGUCGUUCCUGUGUUCUGUGUGUGGGAAGACAUUUGCACACUCAUCACAUCUUCAGAGUCACCAGAAAACACACACGGGUGAGAAGCCAUUCCUGUGCCCUGUGUGUGGGAAGACAUUUGCACAAUCGACAACUCUUCAAACUCAUCAGAGAACGCACACGGGCGAGAAGCCAUUCCAGUGCCCUGUGUGCGGGAAGACAUUUGCACAAUCGACAACUCUUCAAACUCAUCAGAGAACGCACACGGGCGAGAAGCCAUUCCUGUGCCCUGUGUGCGGGAAGACAUUUGCACAAUCGACAACUCUUCACACUCAUCAGAGAACGCACACGGGCGAGAAGCCAUUCUUGUGCCCUGUGUGUGGGAAGACAUUUGCAAAGUCAUCACAUCUUCAGCGUCACCAGAGAACGCACACAGGCGAGAAGCCAUUCUUGUGCUCUGUGUGUGGGGAGGCAAGACGCUCUCCACAGCCCCUUGCACACGGAGUCAAGAAGCCAUUCAAUUGCUCUGUGUGUGGAAUGGCAUUUUCAUGGCCAUCACAUCUUAAGAGACACCAGAGAACACACACGGAUGAGAAGCCAUUCCUGUGCCCUGUGUGUGGGAAGACAUUUGCACACUCAUCAACUCUUCAAGACCAUCAGAGAACGCACACGGGCGAGAAGCCAUUCUUUUGCCCUGUGUGUGGGAAGACAUUUGCAAAGUCAUCACAUCUUCAGCGUCACCAGAGAACGCACACGGGCGAGAAGCCAUUCUUGUGCUCUGUGUGUGGGGAGGCAUUUUCACAGUCAUCAAACAUGAACAGGCAU